AUGGUGAAGCAAACAUUGGGCAGGGCCAUCCAACUGGCUGACCAAGUCGCAAAGGCUUUGGACGGGGCCGUGGUGAGAUCCACUGACAAGAGCUUCAUCCCCGACCUCAAAUCCAAGGCUGAACAGCUGGCGGGGCUUCUCCGCCAACUCAGCAGCAUCGACCUCGGCACCUACGAUCGCCCCUUACGUGCGAUCAUCGACAGCGUCGAACAAAGCCUCGAUAGGUGUCUGUUCCGGCUGCUCAAGCAUCAUUGUCCCAAAUGGAUCAUCAUCAAGAUCAUCAAGAAGCGUUUCCCCACCCUCAUCCCCGUUGUUGGGUUCUGUAAAACGUCGAGGCUUCUUGACGCUUCAAUCAACGACAUGUCUUGGCUGAUCCAUUUUUGGAGGAACAAGACGAACGGGAGAUUUGAACUGUCUCUGCCCCUAAUGAAAUCAAACAACCGCAUGCUGUGUCUCGUUUGGGAAGAGAUUGCAAUUCUUCAUGACCCGGCUCAAUCCUACCAAGCUCGAUCUAGUGCUGCAGCUUCACUCGGUGAGAUGGCCAGGUACCUAGACGCGUACAGGAAGUUGAUCAUCCGGGAAUGUGGAGUCGAGGCCUUGUUGAAAUUGAUGGAGGAGGGUCCAAUGGAAGCCAAACAAAGUGCUGCCAAUGCCCUGGGGUUUGUGGUAUGGUCCUCGGAAUGUGCCGGGAUAAGUGUCGAUGUAUGUAAAGUGUUUGCGAAAAUCCUCAGUGAAGGUUUCAUGAAAGUUCAGGCUGAGGUGGCCUUCGCGGUGUCACUGAUCGCAGAAAGAAACCCCAAAUGGCAAGAUGCUUUUGCAGAGCACGAUGUUGUCCGCUUGCUUGUCGGCCAUCUUGCAUUCGAAACUGUUGGAGUGCAGAGCAGCAAAACCCAUAGCAAUGACAAUGCCAAUGCCAAUGAAGACCCUGACACCAUAGCGCUAAUGAAAGCGAUGGCAGCCAGAGCCCUUUUCAGACUAGCCGAGGAUAACUCAGCCAUUUGCCGUAUCCUCGCAGAAUCAACAGCGCUAUAUAGUUUUGCAGUACUUCUGGAAAAAGGUUGUGAAGAUGCUCAAUUACAUUCAGUCUAUGCAUUAAUGGCGAUCAAGAAAGUGGCAGAGAAAGAUGCUGAUUUGAGACUAAGAUGUGACUUCAGUCCUAAUUCCCCCACUUGGAAAUAUGUUGUUGAUCAAUUAUUACUGAAAAUCACCGAGAAGACAGAAGACUCACACUUCCAGAAAUCAUGCAUCUAUGCUAUUGAGAAUUUGGCAAGGACAUUUGGGUCAAUAGAGACAAGAAUGAUUGGCCCACUGGUGCAGCUUCUGCAUGGAAGAGAAUAUUAUGUUACCGAGGGGGCUUGCAUUGCCCUCACAAAAUUAGCUCGGACAGAUAACUAUUUUCACAUUGAACAUUCCAAGGCAAUAAUAAGUGCUGGAGGUGUUAAACACUUAAUCCAGAUUUUGUAUGACAAGAAAGUUUUACAUGCGUUGGUUCUCAUCUGCUAUAUUGCAGUGCACGUACCAGACGACGAAGAGCUUGCCCAAGCGGAGGUGCUUGCAGCGCAUACGUGGGCAUCCAAGCUAUCUUUUAUGUCCAAAGAAGACACACUACGCACAUUGUUGCAAGAGGCUAAGAGUAGGUUGAAUCUUCAUCAGUCCAAGGGCUCACGGGGGGUCAAUUGAUUCAAUCAAAAGCAAAGUGGUCUCUUAAAUUUACCAUUCUUUGUCAAUAUUGUGCCUAUAUGCGUAAUUGGAUUUAGAACUUCCGUUGUACGAAGAAUUUGGUAAUUCAGGAUCAGUCUUGUGCCAUUGGUUCUGGUACUUGGUAUUCAGCUUGAAAAUACGCUACAAUGUUCAAACCAGUAACCUGCUUUUAACAAGGAAACACUACUACUUGAUGGAUUUUUGAGUAUCUUCGUCAAUUUAUGUUUUGACAGAAGUUUAAAACUGUCAAGUAGUCAAGAAAAUAGCAACAAACGAUUAUUGUGUUUGCUACAACCCAUGAAGAACAAGGUACGUCUGGCAAUUCCUCACAAGGAAAAAUCAGAAAACCCAUCACGAGAGGAGGAAAAAUUGCUACUGAAAAAUUAAUUAGAUUACAAGUUUUGAAGACACAACAUAAAAGUCAAAAAGGUCACAAACUUAUUCGUGUGUAGUUUGGUUAUAAAUUAACCACAGAUAAGU